AUGGGAUCGUCCGAGCAACCUACUGAGCCUCACGUCGGAGCUGCCGAACAGGCAGCUCCAGACCAAACGGCGGGGGCCUCUGGGGGACCUGGUGGCGACUUUGGUGAGGUCGACACUAUUCCUCUGGCCCUGGAACAGAAAGAUGUUGACGAACUGGUAGAGAAAUAUGAAAUUCCUGCUCAGUUCGAACCCAGGGCCGCCCGUCCUGGAGAGGUCACCAGCCGACCUCCUCCCGGGUUCGUGGCGAUCUACAGGGAACAGCUGAUGGCCGGUCUCCACAUUCCUAUCCCCAACUUUCUUUUUGAGAUUCUCACCUUUUGGGGUAUCCGUAUAACUCAGCUCAUCCCAAACGCUGUCCGUUCCAUUAUAGGUUUCUUCAUUCUCUGUCGGGUGCUUGAGAUCCCCUUUUCCCUUGACUUGUUCCGAGCCUUCUUCCAGAUGAAGGUCAGCGGAAAAGUGCCCGGGUGGUUCUACUUCGCUCGCCGAAGUGGAGCAAAAACCCCCACCCGCGAACUGUUCGCGGGAGCUCCUUCAUCCAUCAAAGACUGGAAACCCCAGUUCUUUUUCAUAAAAAAUCUAGGUCUCCCUCCCCCGACCUGGAGAGCGGAGACUCAAGUGUCUGAUCCCAUUCCUUCUUCGCUUCCUGCGCCCGAGCUUACUCGCCUACUCAACUCGGACAUGAAACUGGGCGUGAAAGAGUUCAAUAAUGCCCAACUCUGGGCCUCAGGAUUGAUCCGAGCUAACACCUCGGAUCCGUCCUCCGAAAACACAACUCUCACUCCGGACGAGCUGGCCACCUUGAAGAGAUUUUCGCAGCUGUUGACUAUUGGGGGCAGUUCGUCCACUCCCGCUCAAGUUUCUUCCAGUAUCCCAGCCAGCUCGACACCUGUUCCACCAAUCCAGCAAGCCCCUGCUCAGUCAUCCAAAGCUGCGGAGGCUGGGAAGAAGAAAAAGAAGAAAAUCACCGCCAAGAGAGCCAGAGUGGAGACGACCUCGUCUCCAGCUCGGGAGGAGGGAUCGACGCCUGAGUCUGCACAGGCCGGCCACUACGGCGUGAACACCGCCGAGGAGCAGGCCCGGGCUGAUGCUCCCCCUAACUUAUGGCAACAUGUAGCUCGGGAGCUCAUUCACGGCGCCAUCCUUCCACGGGACUACAAUCUGGUCAAGACCAUGGACUCGUCCGACCUUCUGAACUAUUAUUACACGGGAGCAGCUCAGAUGAACGUGGUCGGACCUGAAUUGGCCAGGCGCUACGAGAGCCUGCUCCCACUGAUGAGCGAAACGAAGGCCGCUAAUGAGAAGCUACUAAGCCAGCACGAAGCUGCUGUGGUUGAAACUGAGGGCCUGAAGAAGCAGCUCGCCCAAGUCCAUACGAACUUCGAACUGGAGUUGAAGAAGAACUCCGAGCUGACCUCCCAGCUGAAGGAGGAGCAACAGAGGGGAGCUGAGCUGGCCGCUCAGGUGGAGGCGGCCAGGGCUGAGGGCCACCAAGAGGGCGUGCGGAACUUCCUUAGGUCGGAGGGCUUUAUGGGCGACCUGGCUAUCUUGAAUACCCCAGUGCUGCAACAUGGAUAUUCCCAGGCACUGAAGGAAGUGCAAGGGUUAGGUCUGUCUGGGUUCGAUCUGGGGAAGUUUUCCAAAUACAGCCCCCAGGCUGUGGAGCAGAUCGACUGCCUGGUGGAGAGCUACACGCAUGGGCGGAAGCUGGCCGAUCUGGUUGCUGAUCCUCUACUGCCAGUGACCACCCCUGAACCCGAACAAGAGGAGGAAGAGGGAGAGAACUAG